UUAACAGUAAAUCAUAUAUUAGAUAAGUAUCGUACUCAAGUUCAUCGGAUUUGUAAAUUGGUUAAAUUUUUUGAUUCACCUAAACAAAGUCAAAGGUUAGAUAUAGCACAAAUAGAGUUGUAUAAACAAAAAAAUCUGAAUGAAACCUUUUUGAAUCCAGUUCAAUCCAAUGACACCAAUGAUUCUGAAUAUGAUAGUGAUUUUGAAAACGCUGAAGAUGAAAUAGAAAUUAACUCUUAUUUAAUCGAAGCUAAAAAGUUUCCAUUUGAUAGUAUUACUGAAUAUUUUAGUGCUGCACGAUAUCCAACUAUAGCAUUUAUUUUUCCUUUGAUAGAAAUGAUGAAAUAUCAUUAUGCAUUAAAUAUAGAUAUUAAUGAUGAUUCAAGAAUAAAUAAUGAAGAAGUAGCCAACUUCGAUUCAGAGUCGGAAAGUUCAAGUGAAUCAUCAGAAAUUAAUCUUGAUCUAACUAUUAAAAAAAUACAAACUGAUAUUUACAAUUCAUUAUUUGAGUAUUGGGAUAAUCUAUCAAAAAUUUGCCUCCUUGCUACAUUGUUAGAUCCACGGUUAAAAGAAAUAGUCUUUACAGGUAGUGAGGUUUGUAAUGAUACUAUUCGCGAAUGUCGAUAUCAACUUCGAUUAACAGAUGUACAACAAAUAUCUGAAACACCUGAAGAACUAGAGUCCUAUGAUGAUGUACUUGAUGAAUCCAAUACUUCAAAUACAUCAUUGAAUUCUUCAAGACCUUUUUCCAAAAAAAUGGUUGAAGAUAUUAUAUUUG